AUGCCGGCGUGGGCGCCGCCGACUGCGGAACAAUGGGAACUCCACCGGCCCGUUAUAUCCAAGAUGUACACGGAGCGGACAUUGAAGGUGAUACAGGCACACAUGAUAGACGCUUACGGUUUUCAAGCCACGCCUCGUAUGUACAAACAAAGAUUCAAGUCUUGGGGCAUUGAGAAGAACAGACGUCACAAGCGGAGCUCUCACACACGACCGGACGAUCGAACUUCUCCUCCAGUGUCGCCGCAUUCUGAGCUUCAACCGGCAAGCCCUCGAGAUGUCGUCCCAUUCUAUGAAUCUUUCCAAAGCAGACUGACCUACGACUCCGUGAUAACGCCUCCUGGCGGGUCCCCAGAAUCCCACGAUACCGACACAGACAACCGGUCCACAACGUAUACUGCGACCCCAGGCAUAUUCCCAUUAACCCCUGCUACAUCUGGAGACGGGUCUCCCAUAACACCUCAUGUUGAAGAAGAGAGGCUCGAUGCAGACUCCAUACGGAAGGAGAUCAUCAACUUGGCUGCUUCCAUAUUAUCGAGAUUGAUCCUUGAGCAACAAAACAAGACAGCCACCGAAGUGUCGGCACCGGACGAUGAUCACGCCGACAUCUUUCAGAGUCUACAGAUUAAACUCCGACACGAAAGCAAACUUCGGGGGUGUUUAAUAAACCGUCAACUCGUCGCCUCAAGAUCACUAGUUAGCGAGGCCAUCAGAGAUAUGCUGAAGCCACUUCAUCCAGCCGCUCCGAUCGGUGUUCUAAGCACGUUCAACCAACUGGUAGACUGGGUGGUGGUUCAAGAACUGGCAGACUGCUUGGUUGAAUCUGCCAUAGGUAUCCUCCCGCUUCAAGACGAAUUCACCCAACUCGCGCUUGCGAUCCGACGCCUCCUUGUAAUCACUACUUUGGAGACCUUCCAGUUAUCGAUGGAGUACAUUUGCAACAACCUCGAAGAUAGAAUUCUCGAUAUCCUUGGACGACGAAGCCUUGUCAGAGUGUAUCUUGUUCUGCUGCUCAAUGCCAAAAAGGCAAAGAGCACGCACCAAAAAGACAAAAAAGUCUACGAGAUGGCUCAUGAUCGAUUCUUGUAUGUUCAGCAUGCUUACAAGCACAAUCCCAAACUCGUCCUCGAGUUCAACUUGUUCGUCAUUGGCUACUUGUCUAUCGUCUCGCCAAGUGUGCAGGACGUUUUGUACAUGGCAGAGACCUGCUACAACCGUGCAAACGAAUAUUUCAAGAGCAAAGAGGCGUCCAUUACAAGCACAGAAGCGGAGAUCAGGAACGCAAAAUCACACCUCGGAAAAAGUUGCGGCUACCUGGCAGACUGCAACUAUGCUCGAGGACAAGAGAUAAAUGACGAAGAGCUCAAGAACGAGGCCCGCAGAAUGCUGCUGUUCGCAAUCCAUUUCCAUGCCGAAUGCGCGGAGGCAACACUUGCCCAGGCUGAGCGACAAAUAGAAAAAAUGAGAAAAUGGUGCAACGAAGCAGGUGAUACGGAGCGACUCGGGCGAUUGGAUAUAAUAUCUAGUAUGAUUGAAGGAAAAGAGCAGCGUCCCAAAGGAGAGCCAUUGCUUCCUCCGCUGAGAAGAGAUGAGACCUAG